AUGACCGGAACUAGCAACGUACAGCCAUCAGAUGUCCCGGGCCAGCAGCUAGAUGUGGGUACGUUACCAAACGAGGCCCUAGAGGCCAUCUACAAGCAGGUAGUAGUUGAGCUGGAUACGUUGUCCAAGACGCUCCCACUCAUCCAAGGAGCAAUCAAUGAGCGCAUUGCCGCAAUAGAGGCAAUCAAAAAGUUUCAGAGCAUCAAGCCGGAUGACGAAGUCCUUGUACCCCUCACUCUUUCUUCCUAUGUAAAGGGGAACGUCCCCGACACAUCGAAGGUCAUGGUCAUCCUCGGGGGAGGAUACACGGCGGAGAUGUCGGUACCAGAUGCCAUAGAGUUUGAGAAUUCACGCCUCCAAACCAGGCGCGCAGAGCUUAGCAAGGUCAAGAAUGCGAUGGCAAUUCACAACCAGACAAGAGCGCAGAUUGAGGACGAGGUAGAGAGGCGCAGGGUCUCAUCAACUGCCCAGAAGCAGUAA